AUGUCAGCACCACAUGAGCUCCUAGAGCAGCAUCUCUUGCAGCCGGUGCGCCGCUAUGAGCCUAUCCAUAACGACGGUGCUGAGUAUAUCUGGGAUGCAUAUGAUGAGCCAGAUUAUGAAGAUCCUUCCGUGCAGUCCCUGCGAGCAAGCUCGUUCGACAAGGGCAGCUUGGAGCAGGACGACGCGGAGCUGCAUCUCGAUAUGCCACCUGUCGACGAAGAUCGGUGGGAGGCUCGCCAGCAGCCACCGCAGCAUGGACGCACUCGUCAGGUACAGCUUACGGCCGGCAACUGGAUUGUCGACUACCCCGUGCCGACACCCGUGGCCAAUGCCGUGCUGCCGGCGUAUCGCGAGCAGGGCGCGCCCAAAGAGUUCACGCACAUGCGGUACUCGGCUGUGACGUGCGAUCCAGACGACUUUGUGCUCGAAAAUGGCUGGGGUAUCAGGACGAGGCACGAGUACGAGCGGCCGACUGACAUCUUGAUUGCCCUGACAUACUACAACGAGGACCGCAAUUUGCUCACGCGAACGAUGCACAGUGUCAUGCUCAACAUACGCGACAUGUGCCGCAAGUGGUCCAAAAGGUACCCACACAUGGACGACGGUCACCCUGGCUGGCAACGCGUGGUCGUCUCGCUUGUCUUUGACGGGAUUGACCCAUGCGACAAGGAAGCACUCGACGUGCUCGCCACCAUGGGUGUGUACCAGGACGGCGUCAUGAAGCGUCAGGUAAAUGACAAGGAAACGGUCGCGCACUUGUUCGAAUACACGACGCAAGUGUCUGUCGACUCGACGCCGCAACUCGUCCAGCCUUCGCCCACGUCGCACGACAACCUCGUGCCUGUCCAGAUGAUCUUUUGCUUCAAGCAGCGCAACGCGAAAAAGAUCAACAGCCACCGCUGGGUAUUCCAUGCGCUCGGCCGCAUGCUCCAGCCCGACAUGGUCGUCUUGGUCGACGUCGGUACGAAGCCCGGCCACCUCGCCCUAUACCAUCUAUGGCAGGCAUUCUAUCACCGACCCAACUUGGGUGGUGCAUGCGGCGAAAUUCAUGCUAUGAUCAAACACGGCAUCAAGCUGCUCAACCCCUUGGUGGCGGCUCAGAACUUUGAGUACAAAAUCAGUAAUAUCCUCGACAAACCGCUCGAGUCGCUGUUUGGCUACGUGAGCGUGCUGCCUGGUGCCUUUAGUGCGUACCGAUUCCAAGCGGUGCUCGGCCGGCCGUUGGACCAGUACUUUCACGGCGAUCAUACCCUCGCGCAACGGCGCGGCGCGGGCGAGAUGAACAUUUUCCAGAAAAAUAUGUUUUUGGCCGAGGACCGCAUUCUGUGCUUCGAGCUCGUUGCCAAGCGUGGGGAACGCUGGACAUUGACGUACAUCAAGCCCAGCAAAGCUGAGACGGAUGUGCCGGAGCAGCCCGCUGAGCUUAUUUCGCAGCGCCGCCGCUGGUUGAAUGGCUCGUUUGCUGCCUCGCUGUAUGCCCUUGUCCAUUUCUACCGCUUUUACGGCAGCGGUCACUCGAUCUUCCGCCUUCUCUUUUUCCAUCUUCAGGCUUGCUACAAUGUGUUCCAACUUGUAUAUACGUGGUUUUCUCUCGGAAACUUGUGGCUCACGUUUGCUAUCAUCAUUCAGUACCUCCCCAGUGUGCUCCUCCACGGCUUUUCCGACGCUUGGUUGAUCGCCUUUCAUUACGUCAACCUGGUUCUCAUGUGGGUGUAUGCCUUCUUUUUGGCGCUCCAAUUCGUCUUGGCGCUGGGCAAUCGGCCCAAGAGCGAGUCCGUGGCGUAUAAGCUGUCGUUUGGCGUGUUCGGCACGCUUGGCAUGUAUACCCUUGCCAUCUCGCUCUGGAUGACGAUUCGGUCCCUGUCGCAUUUGGCCGAAGAGAAGAAGAGCACGAUCGAUAUCGUGCUGAGCAACACGACAGCCGUGCUGAUCGCGUCUCUUGCUGCCAUGUACGGGCUGUAUCUCUUAGCGUCGUUGCUCUACAUGGACCCGUGGCACAUGUUCACCAGUGCACCGCAGUACUUUUUCAUGGCGCCCUCGUUCGUCAAUGUGAUCAAUGUAUACGCUUUCUGCAACCUGCACGACGUGAGCUGGGGCACCAAAGGCUCUGACAAGAUCGAGGCCUUACCGAGCGUCCAGACCAAGGCACAGGACCAGCCUGAUAUGGUCGAGGAGGUGGCCAUGGACCAAGGCGACAUUGACAUGCACUUCAAAAAAGUGGUGGACCGCGCCGUCGCGCCUUUUCAUCACGAGCGCGAACGCAGCGAAAAGACGACAGACGACAGCUAUAAGACAUUCCGCACGCGUCUCGUGGCCUUUUGGCUCCUGUCCAAUGCCAUCCUGGUGGCCGUGAUUAUGAAUCUGUACACCUACCGACCCAAUGAAAAGCUCGAUGACGAGUUCAGCGAGGGCCGAGACAAUCAGGAAAUCUACUUCAAAGUGAUCUUGUGGUCGACCUUUGGCCUAGCCUUUUUCCGAUUCGUCGGCUGCGUCCUGUUCUGGAUCCAUCAUCUGGCUGUGAGGUCACGCCAUUUAUAG